AUGCGCCUCCGAAGGGCAGCGCGCGUCAUUCUCGUUGGUGCGCCCGGAGUGGGGAAGGGUACUCAGUCGGAACGCCUCCUCCAGCGGUUCCCGCAGCUGUCGUCCAUCAGUUCCGGCGACUUACUUCGCAACAAUGUCAAAAGCAGGACGCCACUUGGCAUCAAGGUCGAAAGUACCAUGAAAGCCGGUGGUCUUGUAUCUGACGAUUUAAUCCUCCGUCUCAUCAGCAAUGAAUUCAAUAAGCGAGGCUGGCUUUUCGCCGACCCAGCCACCAAAGCCUCUUCCAUCAUGACGCUUGCAUCCGCAUCCGCGGUGGCCGAUCAGUCCGCAUUCAGCCACGACACCGACGUCUUCCUGGGAAACAAUACCGGAGGGCCUCCGCCCCGACUCUCGGAUAACCCCGCCGCAUCAUUCCUGCUGGACGGGUUCCCGCGUACGGCGGCGCAGGCCGAGCGUCUGGAGCAAGUCGUGCCCAUUAAUCUCGCCGUGAGCAUCAGGACGCCCUUUGAGGUCAUCAUGCAGCGCAUCUCGGGGCGCUGGGUCCACGAGCCGAGCGGCAGGGUCUACAACGAUACCUUCAACGCGCCCAAGGUUCCCGGCCACGACGACGUCACGGGCGAGCCGCUUGUAAGGAGGCCCGACGACAGCGAGGAGGUGUACCGACAGCGCUUCCAAAAGUUUCAGGAGACGAGUGAGCCGCUGCUGGAGCAUUACGCCCGCAAGGGAGUUUUGUGGGAAGUUAACGGCAUGAGCAGUGACGAAAUCAGUCCAAAGCUGUUUAAGGAGUUUGAGAGACGAUUUCUGGAGUGA